AUGAGGUGUCUGAGGAUAUGUUGGCUUAGAGAGGGCUGUAAAGGACUGCAAAGCGGUAUACAAGUCUUAAGCGCUAUCGCUAUUGACAUAAACUCUCACGUGGGGAAAAAGCUGGGGAAUGUUGUGACCGAUUUGGAAGCUCAGCUCAAUCUUCCUUGGUUUGUUUUCUUUAUAGGGAGUCCCUCCCGGUGGAAUUCCACGAUGUCCCUCUCUGUACGACCCCAGCGGCGCAGCCUGGUGGUCAGGAUCAAUAGGAGCCAGUCGUUUGCAGGGGUCAACUCCACCCAGGACAAAUCUUUCAGGAAUUUCCCUGCGUUCAGUACACCCACAGUCUCUAGGAAGUCUGGCUCCAGGGUCAGUAGGAUGUUUUCAAUGUCUCAUAAAUCCCCUCCACCCAAGGUGCCCCAGCCAGAGAGACUCGAUGAAGUGUACGAAGCAUUGAAGAAAGGCCUAAGUGCUUACCUGGAAGUGCACCAGCAGGAACUGGAGAAGCUGAGCAUCCAGAUCCGUGAAUCCAAGAGGAAUUCUCGCUUGGGCUUCCUCUAUGACCUUGACAAGGUAAGACACGCUGGGAAGGAAGCGGAGAACCCAAGGGACUCUGUUAGGCAGGACAGGAUUGCCCCCUCUUGCAUCUCGUCUGUUUCUGAGCACAAAAUGUUGUCCCACCUGAUCUUGGAUCUGUCUCCCCUCCCUCUGCCUUUGCCAAGUGAUCUUGCUGACGUUGGUUCAGUUAUCGAUGAGCUCUACGAGGCGUAUUGCAUCCAGCGACGGCUCCGGGACGGAGCCCACAACAUGGUCAAGGCCUACACAGCUGGUUCCCCUGGCAGCAAGGAGGCCCGGGAGAGCUUGGCCGAAGCUGGCAAGGGCUACAAGGAGUACACAGAAAACAUGUGUCUGUUGGAGAGUGAAUUGGAGAGCCAGUUGGGAGAGUUCCAUAUCAAGAUGAAAGGUAGGAGGGGACAAACCACAUCUGCCAUUUUUAAAAGCACCUUGUCAGGAAUCAGAAAUGACACAAUGAGCCGAUUAGAGUGGAAUGUCUAUUGCUGCUCGCCUGUAGACAGGAAUCUUGCCCGACUAAAGCACAGAUUGCAUAACGAUAUCUUCAUGAGGUAUGGGCGCCAGAGAUGGAAACUACGGGGUCGCAUUGAAGCCAACAGCAAGCAAGUCUGGGAUAGUGAGGAGAUGAUCUUCUUGCCUCUUAUUACAGAGUUUCUGUCCAUCAAGGUGACGGAACUCAAGAGCUUGGCCAGCCAUGUAGUGGUGGGGAAUGUCUCUUGCGAGACCAAGGAUCUCUUUGCAGCCCUGCCCCAAGUGGUGGCAGUUGACAUCAAUGACCUAGGCACAAUCAAGCUAAGCCUGGAGGUCAAUUGGAAUCCGUUUGAUAAAGAGGACCAGCCGUCUUCUGCCAGUACUGUGAACAAGACAUCGACAGUCAACAAGCGGUUCUCCACAUACAACCAGAGCCCACCUGAUACCCCUUCCAUGAGAGAACAAGCCUUUUAUAACAUGUUGCGGCAGCAAGAGGAACUGGAGAAUGGGGCAGCCUGGUCCAUCUCUUCGGAGUCGUCCGAUGACUCUUCCAGCCCGCAGCUGUCCGGAGGUGCCCGACAUUCAUUGCCCAGGCCUAUUGUGCAACCUGCAGUGCAGGCCACUGCACCUGCCAUUGAAAUCGCUUUCACCCACCCCGAGGACAAGGAGCCGGCAAUCCGAGAGGAGGCCGCCAUGGCCAACGGACACGUGCCCUAUGCCCGGACUCUCAGCCAGAUCAGCGAAGCAAGUGUAGACUCGCCCAUCGCAGAAGAGAGGGAGUGUCCUGUCCCCAAGGAGGCUGGCCCUUGGGGUGCCCCGCCCUUGGAAACGAACUCCACGCCCCCAAGUGUGGGCUCGCCACUGGACGCUCAGAUCUGUGAGGACGAGGAGCAAGAGGAUGAGCCUGAUGGGGCUGCCCCUGUUGGAGAGGAGAGUGAGGACGUGCCUGGUCCAGCCCCAGAGGUUCAACAGCCCAAGUCUUCCUUGGCCCCAUCAGCCUCGGGACAGCUUCAGCCAUCAGGGAUCUCAGAACCUCCAAGGCCCAAACCUGUGGACUCUGGCCUGGAGGAGGCCAUCAACACACUGGCUUCUGCUCUGGAUGACUAUCGGGGCCAGUUCCCUGAGUUGCAAGUUCUGGAGCAGGAACUCAAGCAUCUUGAGGAGAUCCUCUUGUCCCGCAACCAACAGGCCAAGGAGAGCAUUGAACAGCUGGUAUACCUGUGCCAAACUGACAAGGAAGCCGUGCGGGACGCAGCCAAACAGAGCCUCCUUAUGUGUGGGGAUGAUGGCAAGUCAGCUCAUCGGAGGCUAGAAGAAUCCCUGGACAAUUUGCCACGGAUCUUUGCUCCGGGCAGCAUGGCCAGUACUGCAUUCUGAAGGAUGCAACCUCGAUCCACCUGCUGAUCCUUUGUUGGGCACGGACCUUGCAUGCCACAAAAAUUCAGCGGAGCCCUUCAAACGGAAGUCAAAUCGGCCUCUGGCAGAGUGGGCAGCUCCGUCGCUUUGUGGGGAAUGCCCACAGCAGUAUUAGCACCGCUGGCCUGCUGCCUUAUGUGGAGAAAACCUUAGCUCAUUGACUCCAGCACGGAGGAGAUCCCUUCUGCGGUUUUCUUCCGCCUGCAGAAGCCUACUGAAUCUGGAGAAUGGUAUUGAACUGGGCAUUUUAUCAUUAUAGCCAGGACCGAAAUAGAUCCCUUUCUAUUUGGAUCUGCUAGGGGGGAAAACCCCAGCAACAGUAGGAAAAGCCAUCGGUUUGAGAUACGCUGGGAAAGAUGCCCGUUGAAAAUCCUGCUUAAUGUUUAACCUGUUCUGUUGUCCACUGUCCUCUCCACCCUGUGGGACUGUGAAUCUUGCAGGAAAUUGGGGCCAGCUAGAUGUUAGGACUUUGGAUAAAUUGCAGAUUUCUCCUCUGGAUUGCAAAGGUGGAGAGGAGGAAAAAAGACGACAGGAAGGAGUCCUUUAUUCCCAGCGAGGGGAAGGGAAACCAAUGUCUUUAUAAUGACGAUGCUAUGGAAGAUGGAAACGUAACGGGCGGAAGUUGCCUCUUCUUGUGCUAUUUUAAUAUUUUUUAUGUACGUGUGUGUGUUUGCGUGCGUGCGUGCGUGUUGGGGAGGGAUGCAGCCGCCAAAUGGAAGCAAAAAGUCCUUUUCUACAAAGUAUCUAUAAAUUUAUCUGUACAUCUACAUAGCUAUAAAUAUAUAUAUAUAUAUAUAAUGUAAUUAUCAAGAGGUUUGGCUAAUUUUGACUUUAAGCCUGAAAUAAACAGAAGUUUGUGCAUAUAA